UGUGUGUGUGGCGGCGUGAGGAGGGCGUGUGUGUGUGUGGGCGGCGUGUGUGAGGGGAGCGCGGAGGGGGCGGGGCCGGAGGGGAGAGAUGGCGGCGGGCUGGGCGGGAUGGCGGGAGAGCCAGCUACUGGGAGAGGGGACACUGGGAGGCUUCACUCCCCUCAGUGUGUGGACAUCCGCCCAAACCCGCGGACACCACCUUGGCUCCGUCGACCUGGCCCGCCUCCGUCACCACCCGCCCACUCCCACCCUACACCACACCCGGUCAUUGCCCGAGGCCUACAGUUGAGAGCCAGCGAGGGUGGUGCCUCUAGUGUAGCGUGCCACACAGGAGGUGCCCUCAUGCAGUGUGAGGCGGUGGUGGCCGGCAGUGUGCGCCCUCGCCACACUCACACUUCACCCUGGUCUCGGCCACCCACACUCACCACUUACUCGUACGACUGCUGCCUCAAGUCAUUAGUGAAGAAUGGAUAGAAGUCCCAUGUGAAUAGUGUGUUCUGGCGGUGAGGGGUGAGGCUGUGCAAGGUGAGGGGUGAGCCUGUGCACGGUGAGGGGUGACCCUGUGCAAGGUGAGGGGUGACCCUGUGCAAGGUGAGGGGAGAGCCUGUGCAAGGUGAGGGGUGAGCCUGUGCAAGGUGAGGGGUGACCCUGUGCACGGUGAGGGGUGAGCCCUGUGCAAGGUGACGGGUGACCCUGUGCAAGGUGACGGGUGACCCUGUGCAAGGUGACGGGUGACCCUGUGCAAGGUGAGGUUACUGAUGCCUCCACCACACCCAGUGUAAAUAAGCAGUGAAAAGUGUGCCACACUUGGAUUCAUUGAUGGAAGUGUUGUGGUGAGCCGCCGGGAGUGUUGGAGGAGAUGGUGGAGCGUUGAGGGAGGAGCAUGGUAGUGUUGGAGAGCGGGUGUUGUUGUGCUCCGGUUACAGGUAUCGAGCGUGACCAGGUGAGCGUGACACCCUGAGUGAUGGUCCUCCCACGUGGCUACACCCUCACCACCCUUACCUCCCCCGUCCACCCUCCUACCCCUCAUCCACCACACCUACACUCCACACCCUCCCGCCACACCCACCAACUACCUCACACUUCACCCUAGCUCCGCCAACUGUGACCGAAGUGUGAGCACACCGUCGUGAAGCCUCCAGCAAUGGACUGAUAGCGGGUGUUGAGCGUGGUGUGAAGCGUGCGACGACGACGACGCGUCGUGUAGGCGUCGUGUGGGCGUCGUGUGGGCGUCGCGCAGGAUGUCGCAGGGAAUGCUGGGCGGCCACCACACUUACCACCCGCCCUCCGACACCCUCACCAUGGAGGACCUGGCCGCCGUGCCGCUCUGGGACCAGCAUCUUCACCACAACCUCCACCACAACCUCCACUUUACCUCAAACUACAUCACGGCCAAUGCCUGGCCAUCAGCAGAUGUCAAGCCUUACGGAUUUCACAGAUAUCCUGGAGCGACGAUGCUGGCCGGCUCUCUGACACCUCCAGACAAGGUCAAUGGCGAGGGUGGGCACCACCACCACCCGGCCCACCACCACCACCACGCCCACCACGCCCACCACGCCCACCACGCCCUCAUGCCCGUCAUGCCCACCCUCCACACGCCGCCCUCGCCACUACCCACGCCCUCACCGCCCGUCUAUGACAGGUUCGCGCCCAAGGAGCAGCGACUGACGAGAGAGGCGAUGCAGCGGUACCUGAGGGAGCGUGGAGACCAGACCCUGGUCAUUCUCCACGCUAAGGUGGCCCAGAAGUCCUACGGCAACGAGAAGCGCUUCUUCUGUCCUCCCCCGUGCAUCUACCUCUACGGCGACGGCUGGCAGCGCAAGAGGCACGAGCUGCAGCGGGCCGGGGCCUCCGAGCACGACUCCCAGCUCUGUUGCUUCAUCGGCAUCGGCAACUCUGACCAGGACAUGCAACAGCUCGACCUCAAUGGCAAGCACUACUGCGCGGCCAAGACGCUCUUCAUCAGCGACUCGGACAAGAGGAAGCACUUCAUGCUGACGGUGAAGACCUUCUGGGGCUCCGGGGCCGACAUCGGCGUCUUCCACUCCCGCAGGAUCAAGGUCAUAUCCAAGCCGUCCAAGAAGAAGCAGAGUCUCAAGAACGCUGAUUUGUGUAUAGCCUCCGGCACCAAGGUGGCCCUCUUCAACCGGCUCAGGUCCCAGACGGUGUCUACGCGGUAUCUUCACGUUGAGAACGGCAACUUCCACGCCUCUUCCACGCAGUGGGGCGCCUUCACCAUACACCUGUUGGACGACAACGAGAGUGAGAGCGAAGAGUUCAGUGUCCGUGACGGCUACAUCCACUACGGGUCUACGGUGAAGCUGGUGUGUGCUGUCACAGGCAUGGCACUGCCCAGACUCAUCAUUCGUAAGGUUGACAAGCAGACGGCGCUCCUCGACGCUGACGACCCUGUUUCUCAACUUCACAAAUGUGCUUUCUACAUGAAGGACACAGAACGGAUGUAUCUUUGUCUCAGUCAAGAGCGCAUUAUUCAGUUUCAGGCAACUCCAUGUCCAAAGGAAGCAAAUAAAGAGAUGAUUAACGAUGGGGCGUCCUGGACCAUCAUCAGUACUGACAAAGCGGAAUAUCAAUUUUAUGAAGGGAUGGGGCCAGUGCGCGCUCCAGUCACUCCAGUACCUAUUGUCAACUCCCUUCAUUUAAAUGGUGGUGGUGAUGUUGCCAUGUUAGAGCUGACUGGGGAAAACUUCAGUCCGAACUUACGUGUAUGGUUUGGUGAUGUCGAAGCAGAAACAAUGUAUCGUUGCCAAGAAUCUAUGCUGUGUGUUGUUCCUGAUAUAUCUGCCUUUCGUAGGGGAUGGCAAUGGGUUCGUCAGCCAACGCAGGUUCCUGUUUCUUUAGUUCGUCACGAUGGUAUUAUCUAUGCUACCAAUCUUACCUUUACGUAUACACCUGAGCCAGGACCACGACAACACUGCCCCCAGGCUGAUGAUAUUAUGAGACCACCUGCACACCGCUUACCACCAGCUUCUCUUCAAGAGGCUCCAACUUCCGCCCACACCCAUCAUCACACAUCACCGCCUGCAAACCCACUAGUACCUCUACAGUUUGAACCAUCUCAGCCUCUUCAUGCGCCUACUCAGCAACAGCAACAACAGCAGCAGCAGCAGCAGCAACAUCAGCAACAGCAGCAACAGCAGCAACAGCACCUGUAGGGCUAUGCCCUUGUCUUCCCAUACUCGGCCACAUCUUCCUCAGCCUUUUAUCACAGACAUUUGCUGCUCUGAAGGCCUUUUGAACAGCAAGGGCUUUAUGUAUGUUCAGAGGUGGCAGAGCAUACAGUGUUGUUUUGUUGGUCGUGCUGGACUGUGAUGUGCUUCAGAAACACACGCUCGUGCCCAAUAACUUGUGUGGCUUUACUGAAAGUGAAUUUAAUUCAGCUGUUGGCAAUCCAUUUUGCAGUACCAUUUGAAAUGAUGAACAAUAUACUGCAGUGCCAAAAUGGACACAUUUCAAUGGAUUUUGCUGAAGCCUUUCUUGUUAAAUGGGUGGACACUAAACAAGUGCAGUAGUGAGAACACUGGCAAGUGUUCACUUGUGAUGCGCGUACAACAUAGUUAUGAUUUUCCAAAGUUUUGUAUCAUCACGUCUGUACAUGACAUUCCAUUUUUAAUAUGACCACACUCAAUGUACAAAGUUGAUUAGUAAGUAGUGUAGAAAAUUGCAAAGAUUAUUUGUUUACUAAAAAGGGAAAGAGCAUCUUAAGCAAAAAUGGACUCAAAAGGUUUGACGGCAAUUGACACAUUUCUCUAGAGGUUCCUUCUACCGUUUGUGAUAUUUUUGUACUUGUAUGAUUGAAAGUAUUUUUAGAUCUCAAAUUUAGGUAUUCAGAUCUAUUUCCUGAGUGAAUUUUGUAUUGUUUUAUUUUUGUAAAUAUUUCACUAGAUUGCAUUCAUAUGUUUUGGUUUAUAUAAUAAUUUUUAAAAGCCAACAAAACAUGUAGAGUUCACUGGAAGUUACACUUAAAAUUGAGCAGUGUGCUGUUAGGCUUGUGUGGCUGUGUUUGGCAUCCCGUACUCCCAAAUAUUAGUGUUACACAUAAACUUAUAAACCAAACAUGAUCAUCUUUCAUUUUAUAAUUCUAAACAUUUACACAUAUACCAAUAAAUUUGAAAGAGGCCUUAGCCUACCUGUACUUUCCUAAUCAGGUAAAUGGGCAUAAUAAAUCGAGACUGUUUGUCUUUUUUUAAUUAUAAAUACUAUUUAAAAUUAAUUUAUAUAAAAUUAAAUAUUCACAUUUGGGAGAAGGACACCCACUUCACAGUCAUGUAUGAAAGGGUCUCAGAUUCUGUAAGGUCACAGUUCACAGUAGAUGAUGAGUGUACUUUUUGGUCACAGAGGGGGUGUGUACCAAUGGUAUUUCACCCCAGUUUAGCACACAAAAAAAAUUUGUGAUAGUGUACAGCAGUCUCUUUGUGUACAGUAUUUAAUAUUCAUUCAUGCAAUAAAGUUCAGUUUGUAAGA